UUCUGAUUGUAUAUGUAUGUAUUUGUCAGUUUGAGUAUGAGAUAGCCAUGGAGUCUAUAAAAUUUCUUGAUGAAGCUGCAUAUGAGUACUUAGUGACUAUUCCUCCCAAGCAUUGGUGUAGACAUGCUUUUCCACCUACUGCCAAGUCCAACAUGUUGUUGAACAACAUGUGUGAGACUUUCAAUGCAGUAAUCAGGCCUGCAAGAGAUAAACCAAUCCUCACCCAAAUGGAAUGGAUGAGGAGGUAUAUAAUGAACAGGAAUAAUGAAAAGUGGGAGGAUGCCAAAGAUAUACAUAGUAACUUAGUGCCAUAUGUCAGGCAUGUUCUGCAUAGGAUAGAUUUUGUGGCUAGGGGGUGUGUGGUACAGCCAUCAAGGGACAACACAUAUGAAGUGCAGCUUAAGGAUGACCAAGUGUUGGUUGACUUGGAGAAAGAAACAUGCACAUGUUACCAUUGGGAACUAACUGGGAUACCUUGUGUUCAUGCUUAUGCAUGCAUGCUAGAUAUGAGGGGUGACAUAGAGGCUUAUGUUGACCCAUACUACACAAUGGAAACAUACAGAGCUGCUUAUGAACCAAUUGUCCUCCCAAUGCCAGGUCCCAAACACUGGGAGAAAGUCAAAAUGAGAGAACCAUUACCCCCUGCAUUUAAAGUGCAGCCAGGCAGACCAAAAAGCAAGAAAAGGAAGCUUGAGCCAGGGGAAUGUUCAACUGCAAGUAGCUCAAUAAAGAGGAAGAAGCAAUGCAAACACUGUUGGGGUUUUGGGCAUUAUGCCAAGACCUGCAAACUACCUCCAGCACCAGCAACAGAGCUGGUAAAGGCAGUAGGCAGACCCCCCUUGAAUACACCUUGGAUGGUAGAGGAGAGAAAAAAGAAAGAGCUCAGGGCUGCAAAAAAGGCUGCAACAGAGGCAGGAGUUGGAAGACAACCUACCUCAACCCAACCAACCUCCAGUCAAUCAAAAACAAAGAAGAGGGCUAUCUCCAGUCAACCUAGCCCAAGUCAGCCAAACCCAAAGAAAGAGCCUCCAACCAAGGCAAGAACCCCCUCAAGUCAGCCUGCAGCACAACCAGCUCAGCAAACAGGUGUUGUGACAAGGGGCAAGAUGCAGACCUUCAAGAUGAACCUCACCCAGUGAAUUCAUGUGUCUAAUUAGUGAACAGUGUUUAUCAGUGAACAAUUUGUUAGUUUUAUGUAUGAUUUGGUAGAUUUCCUAUGGGUUUGAUUACCAUAUGACAUUUUAAAACUUGUAUUUCUGAUUUGCAUUGCUUUAAGGCAGUAUAAAGUAAGCUUCUUUUGUCAAACUACUUUUGAAGUGCUUACUUAUUUUGCCAAUGAAAAAAG